UUAUCAUCCAGAAAGGCAGACGCGUAGUUAGCUCCGUAAGCGCGGCUUUGUCAUCGUUCAGUGCCAACAGAAUAGCCGCGUGAAAUUAUGAAGUUGUAGUCUUGCUGAAUUACGUAUCUUUUUCUUUCCCUUGAGACGUCAAAAUUCACCAUGUUAAGCAAAGUAAAGAGCUUAGGUCGCGAGAAGCGAAUGAUGAAGUUGAUGGAAGAAGAAACACGAUGCACCACGAUCGGUUUGCUGGACGAUGGCGACCCUAUAAUAUGCGAUUUUAACAAAGACUCAAAGGGACAGUUUCUGAUGGACAGAGUAUGCAAUAUGCUGAAUAUCCUAGAAAGAGAUUAUUUUGGACUGCGCUUUAUUGAUGGUGAGAAACAAAUGCAUUGGUUAGACCCAUGUAAAUUGAUAAGUAGACAACUAAAAGGAGGACCACCAUUCAACUUAGUAUUCAGAGUGAAGUUUUACCCUGCUGAUAUUGGUAAUCUAAAAGAAGAACUGACCAGAUAUUUGUUAUUUUUACAAUUAAAACGAGAUCUUCUUCAUGGUCGACUCUUGUGUUCCAAAGAAGACAUGGCAAUGUUAGGAGCCUAUAUUGUACAAGCUGCAAUCGGGAACCAUGAUCCUCUUGUACAUCUCCAUGGUUACGCAUCAGAGUUUUAUUUUGGUCCCGGACAGUCUGAAAGAGUUGAAAACAGAGUUGAACAGUUGCACCAUACCAUGACCAAAGGUCAGUCCCCAUCUGAGGCUGAAGAGAAUUUUUUGAGAAAAGCAAGAACCUUAGAAACAUACGGUGUAGAUCCGCAUUCAGUAAAGGAUAUUUAUGGUAGCCAGCUACAUCUUGGUUUCACUCAUGAAGGACUGUCAGUAUUUCAAGGUAGUAAAAGAAUUCAGCUUUUUAGAUGGCAUGAUAUUGGUAAAUUUGGUUACGAGGGAAAAACUUUUUUUAUACAUGCUAUGGUUAAUCAGAGAAAGCUGACUCACGCUUACAAAUCAGCAACAACUUCUGCUAGCAAGCAUAUUUGGAAAUGUGGCCUUGAACAUCAAGCAUUUUUUAAAUUCCGGAGGUCCAGCGAGAUUACAAUGCAGACAUCUGGUGGAAUGUUAUUUAAAACCACUAAAUUCAAAUUCAGGUACAAAUCAAGAUAG